AUGGUAGCGAGGGAGCAAGCCACGGAGGUGCAGGAAGGUGCUUGUAACGGGAUGACAGUGCAGGAAGGUGCUUGUAACGGGAUGACAGUGCGGGAAGGUGCUUGUAACGGGAUGACAGUGCAGGAAGGUGCUUGUAACGGGAUGACAGUGCAGGACGGUGCUUGUAACGGGAUGACAGUGCAGGAAGAUGCUUGUAACGGGCUGACAGUGCAGGACGGUGCUUUUAACGAGGUGACAGCUCAGGAAGGCAGUGCUAUUGCAGGCGGGGCAGGAGCAGAGGGCACAUUAUUCAGAGCGCUGGAGGCGGAGGAGGUGCGCAGGCAGGGUCACCGCAUGGUGGAGUUCAUUGCAGACUAUCUGCAGGGCGUGGGGGACAGACCCGUGUGCUCCACCGUGCAGCCCGGCUAUCUGCGGCCUCUGCUGCCCGCCCACGCCCCCGAGCAUGGCGAACCACUGGACGCCGUUCUCUCAGACAUAUCGAGCGCCAUCCUGCCGGGCCUGACGCACUGGCAGAGCCCGGCCUUCUUCGCCUUCUUCUCCUCGCCCACCAGCGCCGCCGCCAUCUGUGCUGAUGCCCUCAUCAGCGCCCUCAACGUCGUCGGCUUCUCCUGGGCCGCUGCCCCUGCGGCGACUGAGCUGGAGGAGGUCGUCAUGGACUGGAUGGUGGAGUUGCUAGGGCUUCCCGAUGGGUUCCACUCGGUUAAGUCAGGCGGGCAGGGAGGGGGGGUGAUUCACGGCACGGCCAUUGAGGCGCUGCUGGUGGCGCUGCUGGCCGCCAGGCGGAGAGUGCUGGACCGCGUGGUGGGGCAGGCUGGUAGUGUGGAGGAAGCGGCAGCAGAUUCAGCAGCAGCAGCAGCAGCAGGCAGCAGGCAGGGUGCUCAGGAGGAGAAUCGGGCGGCAGAGGGGCGGCUGAUAGCACACCUUAACGAGGAGGAGAGCAGGCUUAUAUGUAGGAUAGUGUCAUCACGGAAUGGCAGGCAGGGGUGCAACGGGAGCGUGGGGGUGGCACAUGAGGAGUGGCCGGCGGACGCUGCAGGCGAUGGGGAUGGCGAUGGCAGUGGGGCUUGUGUUAUUGGUACCACCAGUAGCACUGGUGCAGGUGCUGGUCAGGCUGGCAGCAACAGUGGUGGGGCGGCUGCUGCCAGCAAGGCUGCUGCUGGUGCGUGUGAGCAGGGAGAGGCUGCCGGGACCCCGUGGGGCAGUGCGGAGGACAGGGCAGCACAGUGCAUACCCGAGGGCAACGUGCGUGUGCUGCCCACCACCGCUGCAUCGGCUUAUGCCCUCACUGCUCGGCAGCUGUUGGAUGCGGUGCAGAGGGAUGAAGCUGCUGGUCUCAUUCCCUUCUUCCUCGUCCUCACUGUUGGCUCCACGUCAUCCACUGCUGUUGAUCCAAUCGCCCCUCUGGCCGCCAUCGCAAAGGCACAUGGCAUGUGGGUGCAUGUGGACGCAGCGUAUGCAGGCAUGGCAUGCAUGUGCGCUGAGAUGAGGCACCACCUGGCAGGCGUGCACCUGGCUGACUCACUAGCGUCCAACGCCCACAAGUGGCUGCUCACGAGCUUCGACUGCUGCUGCAUGUGGACGCAGGUACGUGCGGCCAGUGGGAGGGGAGGUGGGAAACCUGGUAGUGCCGGACAGCAGGCCUCUGGUGAAAGCACUGUCCAUACUGCCGGAAUACCUGCGGAACAAGUCUUACUGCAGUAUGCCCUUAUCACAGCAUCAGAGAACCAUCACGUGGUUGACUACAAGGACUGGGAGAUCCCCAUUGGCCGCCGCUUCAGGUCACUGAAGCUGUGGAUGGUGCUGCGCACGUACGGGGCGGAUGGUAUUUGUGCAUACAUCAGGCGCCACGUGGCACUUGCUGAGUGGUUCGAGGAGGCUGUGCGGCAAGAUGAUCGGUUCCAACUGAUGGCUCCGCGCCCCUUCGCGCUCGUCUGCUUUCGCCUCAAGCCGCCCGCAGCUCGGACACACAGCGGGGUGCCGUGCGGAGGGGGGGACGAGGGGGUGAUGGGCGAUGGCAGUGAGGAUGCAGGGAGGAAGGUGAACGCGGCGCUACUAGAGGCGAUAAACAGCUACCUCACACACACUGUGCUAUCGGGGCAGUACACACUGCGCAUGGCAAUAGGGGCGGUGAAGACAGAGAUGGCGCAUGUGCAGGCGGCGUGGAGGCUCAUCCAAACGAAAGCUUCUGAGUUGCUGGAGGAGGUCAAAUUUACUAGAAAAAAACAAAACAAACCUGCUACAGUAAGAGAUGCCACAGCAGGGUAA